CUGGACUCAAAAAGCUAAAAAAAAUUCUUGAAGUAAGUGCAGACACCAGAAAAUACAAAUAAAGCCUCAUUUAUUUAAAAAAUAAUAAUAAUAAUAAUCAAAUCAAAUGUACAUAGAUUUAAAAAAAAAAAAAAAAAAAAAAAAAAAAAAGUAUUCCCAGAAUAGCUUCUGUAUCCACCACGACCCUGACCAGGAGAAAGAGGUUACUAAAAAGUGAGUGAGGUUCUCCAACAGAGCUUGUCUUUUGAUGCCAGCCUGUUGUUUAGAAUGGAAACCGUGGAUUUUAGGACCCAGGGACGCAGCUCAUGUGUCCAGAUCAAUCUGCUGAGCAGAGCUGAAUAAAAGUUGUUGCUGAUUUAGGCUGUUAGUGCGCAGCGCAGGACUUGGACCCCAUUUCAGUGGCUAUUACCUAUUCUGGAUUAUGCUCAUUACGCAUUUAACGUGAUUUAUUUAUUCCUGCCAGUAUUUUAAAAAAAAAUGACUGCGAGAUGUUUUCUGAUUUUGGGUUAUGUGUUCAUAUGAGUGCGUUUUCCGUCGUUGGAUAACUCGCAACUUUGCGCACAGGGGUUCACUUGUCUUGGAUCGCUCCAACCACCUGUAAGCGUCUGAAUGGAAAGUAUGUCACCGCAGCAGCAUGUAAACAUCAGCCAGAGCCGCUCUUCAUCACUCACUGAGGAGACCAUAAUGUGCGCGCAUCUGGAUAACAAGCGGAGGACGAAGGCCCUGUCUUGUCGCAGACAGUCUGCUCCUUCCUUGGUCAUCAGCAAAGCACUUACUAGAUCCAGAACAAUAUCCAGGGAUAACAGUCUCUCUCCAGUCAGCCCAGAGACAUGCCUAUUGGUACAAUCAUAUCUUAAUCCUUCAAGGAUGUUUAUUGGUCAUGUAUAUGCCCAGCUGAAGACUGGUCUGCAGACCCAGGAGAGGCAUAUGUUCCUUUUCACUGACAUUCUACUCAUCAGCAAAGCCAAAUCUUCAACCAACUUUAAGCUGAAGGCGCAGACACGAGUUUGUGAAAUGUGGACAGCAAACUGCAUGGAAGAAGUGUGUGAGGGGAGUACAUGUCUUGACAAAAGCUUUGUGAUGGGUUGGCCGACUUGCAACUGUGUAGCCACUUUCAGCUCAGUUGAACAAAAGGAGAGAUGGCUUUCCCUUAUAAAAAGUCGAAUAAAAGAGGAGAAGGAGAAAGAUAAUCCAAAAACAAUCCCCCUUAAAGUGCAUGCCAAGGACAUGGGGAACUUUUCAUAUAAAACCAUUGCUGUGAGCAAUUCUGACAGUGCCAAUGAAGUUAUUCGUCUAGCACUGCAGCAGUUUGGGAUUCUCGGUUCUGUGAAGGACUUCCAACUGUGGGUGAGUUCCAGAAAAGACAAUGCUCCUUACCCUCUUAUUGGUCAUGAGUUUCCUUUCAGUAUACAGAUGAGCCAUUUAAGAGAGCCUUUGGAUGAAACUGGUGAACAAAGUGAUGAAAUUACUCCACCUGAAAGACAAAUGGAGCUACUCUUUGAGCAAUUGCAGUCAGACAGUCAGUGCCAAUUCAUCCUGAGGCCAAGUCGGGUCGCUGUGGGCCACUCUUUUGUUGUUGAUCCAGACCAGAAGCCAUUCAAAAGACGUCGGUCACUCAUCAACUGGGCUUUUUGGCGUGGCUCAUCCAAUCAACUGGAUGAUCCUCCUUUAUCACCCCAUCUAUACACAAGUGAUAAGCUCUUUGGCCUCCCACUCAGCAUGGUAUGCAAGGAUAACAGCCUUCCCAAACCCAUCAUGGACAUGCUAGUGUUUCUGUUCCAAGAGGGGCCUUUCACAAGGGGAAUUUUCCGGCGUUCUGCUGGGGCCAAAGCCUGCAGGGAGCUGCGAGACAAACUGGACUCAGGAAUCCAGGUUGUUCCUACGAGUCGACAGUCUAUCUUUAUGAUUGCUGCUGUACUGAAGGACUUCCUGCGCAGCAUCCCAGGCAGCCUGCUGUUGUCAGAUCUAUAUGAGAAGUGGAUGGCCACCAUGGAUUUGUCUGACGAAGCAGAGGACAGUCAAUUAAAGGCCAUUCGGGGUUUGGUGAUGUCUCUACCUUCUGAGAACAUCCUACUCCUAAAACACGUUUUGGCUGUGCUCUACAACAUUCAGCUCCAUGCCGAAGACAACCAGAUGAAUGCCUUUAACCUGGCCGUAUGCAUUUCUCCAAGCAUGCUCUGGUCCCCAGCUCCCAACACCCCUGAGAUGGAAGGAGAAGGUACAAAAAAGGUCUGUGACUUGGCACGGGUAAUGAUUGAAAAUUGUAUUGCAAUAAUGGGAGAAGAUGUGACUACACUAUUUGAUGGUUUUCCUCAGAGCUGCAGUCAAGGAUCAGAUGUGUCCUCUUAUCAGAUGACCGACUCUUCCUAUGACAGCCUUGAGAAUGAGCUGAAUGACGACUCUGGAUCAGUUUUCCAGACCAUGCAGAGAUCACGAGGCAAGCCAGACAGUCGCAGUUAUGACUCAGUCCUUACACUGAGUGAUUGUGACCUGGAUCAAACUGAUACUGACCCAGACAUCACCAUAAACCCACACCUAUUGGUCCCAUCACUAGCCUGCCCAGUAAAAAUAUCUCCAGCAGUGAGUCCAUCCACUCCUCAUCUGCAUUCUCCUUGUAAGGAAUCUUCUUUUCCUAAGGGUGUUCGUCAGCUAAGACGUUCUUCUGAGCCUGCCAUUUGGAAUUUGACCUCAUCGAUAACAAGAUACCUAGAACGUAGGGAAAACAGAAAGGGCAGUUAUGAAUGUGUAACAAGCCAUGGCAAAAGUGAUCUAGAUGUAGCCCUUGAGGUUGAUUUAAACACCUUGAGGCUGGAGAAGCAGUGUGAUCAUAGUCAGAGGGAUCGGAAUGUACCUCAACAACUGAAAGAGCACCUGAAACCUUCACCUCUUCAUCUAGAUACCAGCUGCAAAAAUCUCUGCUCCCCUGGGGCUUCACCAGUGCAUUCUUCAGUGAGCUCUCUGGACAGUGCGUCCUCUCAGCAUUCUGCUGACUUUAGCAAACAUUGCCCUCAUAUAGUAAGCAGCUUCAAGGCAUCAGUGAAAUCUUCUGCCAAGUUCCCUGGCAUUGUGUCCGAAAUAUCUCCUGGUCCAACCAUACCUUCUCCCAAAGACUAUCCAGCUAAAGAGAAAUUAGACUGGAGCCAAUUGAGGAGCAGUCAUGGGCUACAUCCAAAUACCUGGCUUAAGAAAGACCACAGACUUUCCCUGUCUAAGGACAAAGGAGGCCUGGAUGACAAGGACAUUGGUGAUCCACUCCUCCAUUAUGAGAAUUUCUCCAAGACAAGCCAAAGCAAGGAGAGAAGUGCUCAGGAGAGCCCUCUCUGCUCUGAAGAACCCUUGUUCAAAACACAGCAUUGCAGGUCAGUUUAUUCUCCUGCCUUGGAAAAAACACAAACAGUGAAAGAACUGAGAGAGAGUCACAACCAGGCAUGUUCACUGAGUAACCAAACCCAGGUAUGGAAGUACUCUCAGAAAAGCACACCAGGAGGUAAUACCAGUAGUUUGCCACAGUCUGUGUUCUAUGGCCAAACUGUUCGCCGCUUGGCCUUGUACAGAAAGAAAUCUUACUCCCUCAUUCCUGUUGUGGAGAAGUCCCCUGUACGUCCUUCCCUUCAGCGCCGAGCAUCUGAACCUGGAGAGACUUGUCUGGGGUUGGAUAGGGAGACAUCAAAGAGUCUGGAGCAUAUCCACAGGCAGGCUGUAUCAAAACAAGACACUUAUUGUAACCCCCAUACUCAUGGACCUAAGGCAUCUGACCUGGAGCAAGGUGAUAAGUAUAGUAAACCCCAGUUUGGCUUGUCACCUACUGCCACAAAGGUUGUGAGGAACUACUUCUUUUGGCAGGGAGGUGAAGAUACUCAGAGUAAUCUAAAGAAGAGUCAGGAAGUGGCACUUGCUAUUGUCCAUGGCAAGCGGGAGUGGAUGAGGAGGUGCAGUGACACACAGCUGGAAGACUUUGAAAAAAUGCUUUUUUCAGAGGAGUCUUAUGUCUAAGUUCCUGGGUUCUAAUGUAGUACUUUCCAAAUUCAGUCCAAGUAUACAGUCAUGUGAAACUAAGCACACCCUAUGGAAAUUGUUGGCUUUUUUGACAUAUUUAGACAAGCAAACAUUUGAUCAUCGUUGAAACAUUGCUUAUUAAUAAAGUUGAUAUACUUGAAAACCACAAGGAAAAAUAGCUUUUUCAAUCAUUUAUUUGACAGAAAUAUCAAUAGACUUGAUAUUCUUUUGUGGAAAAAGUUUGUACACUCUUGGGUUCAGAAGCUAGUAUUGUCCCCUUUAGCCGAAAUAACUUCUUGUAGGUGUUUCGCAUAAUUAUCCUCCUGUUUCUGACAUUGCUGGAAUGUUUGACCACUCUUCCAUGCAAUAUUUUUUUCAGUUACAAGAUGUUUCAGGGUUUUCUUGCAUGUACUACCUGUUUCAAAUCCCCCACAACAUUUUAAUGGGAUUCAAAUCGGGGCUUUGACGAGGCCAUUCCAUAACAAUCCAUUUCUUCUUUUUGAGCCAUUGUUUGGUGGAUUUGCUAGUGUGCUUAGGAUCAUUAUCUUGUUGAAAAGUCCACUUUCGUUUCAACAUCCAUUAUUUGGGCAGAUAGCCUCACAUUAUCUUCAAGCACUCUUUGAUAUGAUGCAGAAUUCAUAGUUGAAUCAAUGACUGCAAGCUGUCCAAUCCCUGAGGCAGUGAAGCAACCCCAAACCAUAACAUUUCCACCAAUGUGCUUCACAGGUGGUAUGAGGUGCUUCACCUGAAAUGCUGUCUUUGGUCAGUGCCAAGCAUGUCUGCUGUUACUGUGGCCAAACAACUCCUAUAUUUGAUUUGUCUUUCCAGAUCACAUUAUUCCAAAAGGCCUGGUCUUUGGCUAUAGCCUCAUUGGCAAACUGUGGUCUUGUGCUAAUGUUCUUUUUAGACAGCAAAGGCUUUUUCCUGGCACGCAGGUUCUAAUCACUGGCACCCAAUCCUGAACACCUGAUUCUAAUUUUAUGGAUUUGAAGGUGUGAUAAAUGUAGGGGUGUACUUACUUUUUCCAUGUGACAGAUCUGUUUUUUGUUCAUUUAAAUUAUGAAAAUUACUACAAAAUGUCAAUUUUAUGUCAUUUGAUAGUGUAUCACCUUUAUUAAUACUAUUUUAAGGAGUAGCAAAUGUUUGCUUGUCCACAUAUGUAAAAAAAAAAAAAAAAAAAAACCCUUAUUGUCCUUAUUUUUUCACAUGACUGUAGUUAUCCCUGGUCUAAACACCAGAUUUAGUAUAUUUGUUCAUUGGUAAAUGCAUUUAGUGUGUUAGAUAAAUAAUAAGAAAUAUAAACAGUGCAUGGUAAUUUAGGACAAGAUUAGGAAGACACAGCCCUAAAUACAGUCAGCUCCAGAAUGAAUGGUGCUUUUGGUAAAAAUUUGUAUAAAAGGUUAUGAAAAAUUUGGUCCUUGUGGUUAAUUAGUUUAAUCGCCCACUGAACAUGAGAGAAAUCUAACCUUUAAUUGUUUUUAUUUUGAGAAAAAUGUAAACCCUUACCAAAACUAUAUAUCUCAACAAAAGCACAUGUCCUAAUUAUCAGCACCCCUAGAAAUUCUUUGAACAGUCAUCCAUGACUUCCUGUUUCAUUGGGUAUAAACAUGAGGUGACAAAGGGGCCAAAUUCCCUUUGUCAUGGGGAAAAUGAGAGCAUUCAUAAAUGAAAUUAGACAACUGUCUAAUUAAAAGUCUUCAUAAAUCAGGCAAAGGCUAUUUAAAAAAGCUACAUUCCUGAUUGCCCAUAUUAGAGCAAUAAUUAAGAAGUUUAAAACAACUUUAGAUUUAAUGAACCUGUCUGCAAUAGAUCACCAGUGGUUUUCCCUUAAGUAGAGUAAGGAAGUUAGAGAGGCAAAAAAUGGAUCACAGUUGGAAAUUUGCAGACGACAGCUGCAUUUUGGAGUCACCAAGUCUCCAGAUCUACAAUUAGACGCCACCUCCAUGCCAACAAACUGUUUGGAAGGCAUGCCAGAAGAAAAACCUUUCUUUCAUCUAACCACAGAAUGAAGUGCCUGGAGUUUUCUGGAUGCUAUUGUAACUUUGACUGUAACUUAGGUUCUAGGGUGAGAUGAGACAAAAAUCCUGGAAAAAAAGCCUUUUAGCAACAAAUGUUCAAGGUGGGUUUUGUGGAACAAGAAGCUUCCCCACUUUUAGAUAUGAUACAGUCUGUGAUGUUGGGAGGCUGUUUUCAUCCUAAGGCCCUGAGAAUCUUGUUAGGAUACAGGUACCAGAAGAGUAUAAAUUAAAAUCUGACUGCCUCUCCCAGGAAGCUACAACUGGGUCAUGGUUGGAUCUUCCAGGUGAACAAUGAUCUGAAACAUACAUUUAUAUCCACACAAAACUGGUUCAAUGACCAAAGAAUCAAGCGUGUGACCUCACAUCCCAGUCCCCUGACCCAAACCCAAUUGAAAACCUGUGUGGUGAGCUGAAGUGGAGAGUCCAUAUGAGGGUCCCUAGGACCCUGGAGUAUCUGGAGAGAUUCUGUAUUGAGGAGUGCUUUCAUAUUCCUAGCUAUGUGUUCUCCGUGGUUUAUAAGAUAUGACAGUGCCAUAUGUUGGCAAAAAAAGAUUGCAGUUCAACAAGUGCAAAAUGCAGGGGUGACAAUAAUUCUGAUAUCGUUUUGUUUUUUAACAGUUUUGUUUUUAAAAAGGGUUUUAAAUGACCUUUUUAAAAUCCAUAUUUAAAGGGUGCCAAUAAUUCUGGUCUGAUUGUAUUAUUAAGGAUUUAAAAUAUUUGAUAGUGAAUGUGGCCUGUUGUGUAUGCUUACCUAACCUUUAAUAAAUAUAAUACUUAAGUUUGCUUUAAAGCUUUAACAGGGCUUAGUUAGAAGCAAUUGUAAUUUUCUGCUGCACUUAAUUAGAUUUUUGUUUAUUAUAAUAUCAAUCCAAGAAAUGGAGUGAAGUGCAAUGACUCUAGGUAAUAUAUGUAAUAUCUUACCAAUUAACUAACUUUUAAUUUAAAAGUUGUGAUAAGUAAAAUAAAUAUAUAGAUUGUGCACAGAUAGACAACAGAAUAACCAAUGUGGUGGACAGACCAUAACUGAUCCUGUUUUUUUUUUUUUUUUAAGGGAAAUAUUAAAUCAAUUAAUUAGUUACAAUACUAAGUUUAGAAAAUUUUGAUUUAUAUGUUUAGAAAGUAUCAAAAAAGGUUUAUCAUUAGUCUGAAUUUUGAUUAUAUUACAUAAUAUGCUUGCUACUGCAAAGCACAAAAACUUGUGAACAAAAACAGUGAAGAUAUAUAAUUAAUUGUCAAUAAUGUGUAAGAAACUUUUUUCCUGGCUACAAAAAUGUUGACGCCUGAGGUUCUGCUUUGGUAGGUGUAAAUAAUCGGUAUAAAUUGUAUUGCUUUUUAUUUGGUGUCAGUGAGAAUUCUUGCUUAUUUAAUAAGUUUAAUACCGUGUAUCAACUUCUUUAUAUGAAUUUGCUACUGGAUAGGCUUUCUUUCAAAUAUGAAUAGCACAUCUGGAAGCCAUGUUUCUAUGCUGUAGACAUCGUGUAUAUUUUUAAGAAUCUAAAGAGUAAUGUCUUAAGUAUAUUUUCUUUUGUUUUAUUA